UGCACCAGGCUACCACAUCCACCACAACAGAGUCUCCACCACCAUGGCUAUCACCGACUAUCUUGCAGCCUCGGACAUCACAUCGGCUAUUAAUGCGUGUAAAGCGAAGGAUUCCUUUAGCACGAAGGAGUUUUUCAAGACAGUGGGUUUAUCCAAGAAAACUCCAACAGAGAUUGAGAAGGUCUUUAGGAUUUUGGACCAGGACAAAAGCGGCUUCAUAGAACAGGAUGAGUUACAACUGUUCCUGCAGAACUUCUCCAAAGGAGCGAGGCACCUGACUGUAGCUGAGACCAGAGGCUUCCUGCUGGAGGGAGACGCGGACGGAGACGGGAAGAUAGGCUGGGAAGAGUUUUCUGCGCUGGUCAAGUCUUCAUAAAACAUGCGUGACCCAUGUGUUUUGUUGUAUGGUGACAAUCUCAGGGUGGACCUCUUUUUGUAAUGUUAACUAGCUGCAGUAAAUUACACAGACUCAUCCAGAGAUUUUAUGUGUUUAGAAUAAUAAGUUGUAGUUAACGGAAUAAAGUAAUUAAAAACAUGAAAUCUUGCGUCUCUGCUAUGUGUCUUUCCCUUGCCAAGUGGUGAAAUAAA